AUGCACAUUACCCCAGACCUCGCUGUUUUCGCCCUCCUCCUCCUCCAAACGGCCGCAGCCCUUCCCCAGCUGUUAGUGCCCGCCAUCCAGGACGACCCCUCGAGCAGAUCGCCAAAGUGCCAGGAGAUGGUGGCAGCCAUGAGCGACUGCUUCAAAGACACGCCCUACCUGCUCAACGAUCUAGAGGUUGACCAAAGCGCUAUGAGGAAAUGCGUCUGUGCCAAAGAGAGCUUCACGCCCGGAAUUGUCACCUUGUGUACCGGUGAUCCUAAAACUUACUCGGACCUUUGCGGUGAUGGCGAUGGGAGGGUGUAG